AUGGAAGCUGCAAGAGGGAUGAAUAACUUAUUACCGAAAAGUCAUUUAGAUCUCCAAAUCCUGAGGACCUUUGAUAUCCCUGCAGAACGGUCACGGCCAAAAACUCCCGUGGAGAUCAUAUGGAGGAAGCCGAUCGAAGGAUGGUUCAAGCUAAAUGUUGAUGGUGCACUAGGCAAUCUGGAUCAUUCUGGGGCGGGUGGUGUUUUCAAAAAUUCAAUGAGCAUAUUAGGUUGGACUGUUUCAUCUCGUCUGGGUAAUACAACAAAUUUCUUCGCAGAAUUUGCUGCUCUGUUCCAAGGUAUUGAGAUUGCAAAGGAGAAAGGUGUGGAAAGGGUUUGGAUAGAAUGUGACUCAAUAGCUGUUAUUGAAGCAAUUAAAGGCAGAAAAAUCCCAUGGACAUUUUCACAAAAAUGGCUUAUCCUUCGGACAUAG